CUUUUAAUUUUAAAAUAUUCAAUCUAAAAAUGCAAGCAUUUAUACCGUCCAUUUCUCGUUCACACUCAGCGGAUGUCUAUUGGCCUUCCAGUCGCUUUUCACGCAGAAAGGGAAAGAUGAAAAGCCUUCCUAUUUGCCCAAAGGAUGAGGAUUGGGGAUGUAAUGAAACAAGUUAUGAUCCAUCUCAGGAUUUUGCUUUGUUCUUACAGGAAGCAAGAAAGCAUGAAUUCCAAACCAAGUUGCAAUCUUCACCCGCGAAGACGGACGAAGCUGGGAAAACUCGUAAGAGGAAGAAUUCAUGGAAGAGUUCACUAUCAUUCUUAUGGCGGAAGUCUGAUAAGAAGAGCUCAGCUCAGAAAGUGGAACAUAGCAGGAUGAGCAGUUCACAUUCAGGGCCAUUAUUUGGUGGAAGAGGAGGAGCAGCCACCCUUCUUCGCCGAAGCACUCGGCGGCCGGUUUCGGGGCCACUUUCUGCUUGGUUCUCGCAGACAAAGGAAGGGGAAACAGAGAGUGCUUACAUGUGUCUUGGUGGUAGGAAUAACCCUUCUUGUUCUCAUGCUUUUGGUCCUAUCUAUUUGGUCACAUGAGAGCUCAGACGUUUCGUCGAACACUUUUGAUGAUCAGAGAUUUUUACAUGUUUGUUUUUCUGCUUUGGAUUUUGUCAGUCUUUUGCAUAUUCGCAUGGGUCCAAUAUUUCAGAAUCUGACAAUUUGUUGUAAUAUGGGUGUGGUGAUGCUUCAGCUUUGACGGGUCAUAUCUCCUAUGUGUGAUGUUACUUGGCGUGCAGCAUUAUUUGUUCUGAAUUUGAGCUGAAAUAUCUAUUUACAGAGAUCAUCUAGUUAUUCAUUCU